AUGUACGCCUCGGACCUAGAAUCCAUCCGCUUCAGCCCCAGCGUCGUUCCCCUCGGGGCAAUGACACUCGCAGUCCUGCUUCUUGUGAGAUAUAUGCUUUUCUCAAGCAAGUUGCCCUCAGUCUCGGUGGGGCUUCCCAUCUGGGGCAACCUGGUUCAAUAUAGCAAAGAUCCAGUGUCGUUUAUUGCCGCGGCUACCAAACACUAUGGGCAGUGCUUCACCGUGCCUAUGCUACUCGGUCGCACCGUCUGGUUGCGCAGUGGUCAGUUGAACAAGGAGUACUUGGAAACCCGCGAGGAUGUGUGGUCCUUUGGGGACGGGAUGGGUUUCUUCCUCAACAAGAUCGUCAUCCCCGGAUAUUUUAGCCACCUUCGCACAUUCGUUGGCUCGCUAAGUAAGGGGAUCUCGAGGCAGGUGAUCCUAGACCACUAUGGCCAGGUUGCGCAGCAGGAGACCGUCAAGUCUAUGGCCACCUGGUCCGAGGUCGCUGAACGCGGGCAGUCCAUGGAGCUGUUCGAGGAGGUCUCCUUCCUCGUCCACAAGAUCAUUGUUCGUUGUUUGAUGGGCUCCGACUUUUACGAUCAUCACGUCGCCGAGCUAUUCGACCUACUUCAUUCGAUGGAGGAGAAUGUGGGUAGCAUUCUGCACACCAUUCUGCCGGCCUGGGUUCCUCAUACUCCGGCACGCCGACUGUGGGCUGCACGCGAUCGCAUCCGCCAGAUAUUUGAGCUACGACUACAAGAGCGAGAGAAGAACCCGGAAGAGUGGCGUAACUCUCUGGAUUAUAUUUCCUAUACGCUUCGGGAUCCGUCGACUGCCCAUCUGAGCGGUUUCUACGGGGCCCAUCAUACCCUGUUGAUGUUUGCUGCCCACACGAGUACGGUGGCCAGUAUCUCAUGGACCAUUCUAGAGCUUCUCAAAUCCCCCCAGCGCUUGCAGACUCUGCGUGAGGAGCUGGCAUCCAACCCGAACGUUGAACAGUGUACUUUUCUGGAUGCUCUUGUCAAAGAGACUGGACGGCACUAUUCGGGGAACACCGACGUUCGCUGGGCACGACAACCCAAAACUCUUCGCAAUGUGCCCGACGCGAUCACCAUCCCAGCAGGCACGGUCGUUUCUAUCUCGCCCUACCUCACGCACCAUGAUCCGGAGGUAUGGUCCAACCCGAGCAUUUACUACCCCGAGAGGUGGGUUGAGCAGCCGGACCUGGUUAAGAAGUUGAAUGACGGUACGCAACUGCGAUAUAUCCCAUUCGGCGGCGGUAGCCAUCGAUGUCCCGGAGAGAAGAUGGCCACCAUGAUCUCUAAAUUGGUAGUCUCGACCGUCGUUCAACACUGCGAGCUUGACUUUGGGGGAGAAGGAAAGUCUCAGGAUACGACAACGUUGGACUUCUCUAAAGUGGGUAGUCCGUGGUUGAAAGGAGAUGUUCACGUCCGCAUUCAGAAGGCGUCCUAG